ACACUAUUGCGAGAUAUGGCCAAAGUAAAAAACAGGUACCCUUGUCUCAGGAAACGUAAGAGACGGAAUGAGAUAGCCGUUCAAAAAGCACGAGAAGCUCUUGCUGCUCGCAGAAAAGAGCUAUCGAAAUUACUUAACAAUGAUGCUUCUACUUCAGGGACUAACAUGGAAAAAAUCGGUACAUUUGAUAAAGAAGUUAAUAAAGAAAACACCUAUUUUGAGACCGGCAAGAAUGAUGGAUUUGUUGAAUCAAAUGAUGAUUUUACGAUACAAGUUGAAGGUUCUCCUGCUUCUUGUGACGAAAAUAAGGAAGCUAAUAAAGAAAACAUCUAUUGUCAGAUUGGCAGGAAUGAUGCAUCUGUUGCAACCGAUGAAGUUUUAACGAUACAAUUUGAAGGCUCUCCUGCUUCAUGUGAUGAAAAUAAGAAGAAACUAUGCAAAGAGCUGGACAAGAAGCUGAAGCUGCAAAAUUGCGUAACGAUAUUAAUUCAGCAGGUGUUCCCAAAAUUGCAGUACAAGCCGAUGCAUGUUGGAGCAAACGGUCGUAUAAAUCAAGCUAUUCCGCAUUAUCUGGAGUUGCGGCUAUCAUUGGAGAACGAUCAGGAAAGGUUCUUCAUAUAG